CACCCAGCCCCCUCCUCGCUGGAGCCGGGCGCGUCAUGCCCUGGUUCUCAGUAGCAGGCUGCGCUCAAGGAGUCCCCGCUUCCUCUCCAGGGCGCACCGCGGUCAGGGGUGCCAAGGAGGGGUUCAGGCUCGCUCCUCUUCCCACCUCGGGGACGGCAGAAGCUCCCGGACACCCAGAUCUGCUCAGACCCGGUGCAGGGAGGGGAACUUGCUGCUUCCACCUCCCCCAGCCGUUCGCUAGGGGAAUCGUGCGCCCCGGGGGAGCCGGAGGAGGGAGCUUGUGCCCGGCGGCCCGCAUCCCGCCGCCCGGCCCCUGGCUGGGGAUCUGAACCGCAGAAAGGCUCGCUCCCCUCCUGCCACCAUCGCUGCGGCGUCUCCUCCUCCUCUUCAGCUGCGUUGCUGGGAGAAGGAAACUGCAGCCCGAGCCGGAACCCGGCAGGAGCCGGGAGCGAUUUCAGAGCGUCUCGGCCAGCACGGAGAGGAAACCCCGGCUGAGCCCCGGAGCCGACCGCGGGAGGGCAUCGGCCCCCGCUCACCCGUCCCCAGGCAUGGCCUCAUGAGCGACGCCCAGCGCAGGCGGAGCCUGGAGAGCGCGGGACGGGCGCAAGCUGCCCGCCGCACUUACAGACUAGGAGCCUCCCGCGGGGAGCGCAGCGGGUGCCGGCACCGGGCUCGCCGGGGCAGCAGCAGCUCGCCAGCCCCGGGGGGCGGCUCGGGGGCGGGGGAAGGGCGUUAGCGCAGUGGGAGCCCGGAGAAGACGGUGCCCGGCGGAGGUGCCCGUAGAGCGAGUGUCCAAGCGCCUGCGCCCCGGCAGGGAGAGGGGGCUCAGCGGGGCCCCUGGAGAGGGGCGCCCGCAGAAGAGGCUCUAGGGGGGGUCGGGGACUGAGGCAGAGGGCGCCCGGGCGGGGGCUUGUCCCCCCCCCCCGGUAGCUCCAGGGCCGGGAGGCGGCGGGGAGAGGCCGGGCAUGCUGCGCUGCCGAAGCUCCUGCCCGGCUGAGAGUUCCCCUCUGCCGGCGCCGGCGGCUCCCCAUGGCGGCUGCCCCAGCCGCUCGGGGCCGCUGCUGGCCGAGGCCUGACUGAAUGCUGGGGCCCCGGCUGCGCGGCCGCGAUGGCCCUGCGGCGGCGGAGGGGAGCGCCCAUGGCGCGGGGCCGCCGGGCGCGCCGGGCCCCUCUGGGGCGCCCCCGGCUGCAUGGGCUGCGGCAGAUGUGCUCCCGGCGGGCGGCGCUGCAGCGGCGGGCGCUCUGGGUGCUGGCCUUCUGCACCUCGCUGGGCUUGCUGCUUUCCUGGUCCUCCAGCCGCCUGCUGCACUGGCUCGCCUUCCCCUCGCACACCCAGGUGCGCACCGAGUGGAGCCGCCAGCUGCCCUUCCCCGCCGUCACCCUCUGCAACAACAACCCGCUGCGCUUCCCCCGCCUCUCCAAGGGAGACCUCUACUACGCCGGCCACUGGCUGGGGCUGCUGCUGCCCAACCGCACCGCCCGCCCGCUGCUCACCGAGCUGCUCCGCGGCGACAAGGCGCGCCUGCAGUGGUUCGCCAAGCUCGCCGACUUCCGCCUCUUCCUGCCGCCCCGACACUACGAGGGCAUCAGCGCCGACUUCAUGGACCGCCUGGGCCACCAGCUGGAGGACAUGCUGCUUUCCUGCAAGUACCGCGGCGAAUUGUGCGGGCCCCAGAACUUCUCCGCGGUGUUUACAAAAUAUGGGAAAUGUUACAUGUUUAACUCAGGAGAAGAAGGGCGGCCCCUGCUUACCACGGUCAAAGGUGGGACAGGCAAUGGAUUGGAGAUCAUGCUGGACAUACAGCAGGAUGAAUAUUUACCAAUAUGGGGAGAAACAGAGGAAACUACAUUUGAAGCUGGAGUCAAAGUUCAGAUCCACAGCCAGUCUGAGCCACCCUUCGUCCAAGAGCUUGGGUUCGGAGUGGCCCCUGGAUUUCAGACCUUUGUUGCCACACAGGAGCAACGGCUGACCUACCUGCCCCCUCCAUGGGGCGAGUGUCGCUCGUCGGACGUGGGGUUAGACUUUUUCCCCAUUUACAGUAUCACGGCUUGCAGGAUCGACUGUGAAACCCGCUACAUUGUGGAAAACUGCAACUGCAAAAUGGUCCACAUGCCAGGGGACGCUCCUUUCUGUACUCCGGAGCAGUAUAAGGAAUGUGCAGAACCUGCGCUGGGUUUGCUUGCUGAAAAGGACAGCAAUUACUGUAUCUGCAGGAUGCCGUGUAACCUGACCAGAUACAACAAAGAGCUCUCCAUGGUGAAGAUCCCCAGCAAGACUUCGGCCAAGUACCUGGAGAAGAAGUUUAACAAGUCUGAAAAAUACAUCUCAGAGAAUAUUCUUGUGCUGGAUAUAUUUUUUGAAGCACUCAACUAUGAGACAAUUGAGCAGAAGAAAGCAUACGAAGUGGCAGCCUUACUUGGUGACAUUGGCGGUCAGAUGGGAUUGUUUAUUGGUGCUAGUAUCCUAACAAUACUAGAGCUCUUUGAUUAUAUUUACGAGCUGAUCAAGGAAAGAUUGUUAGACCUGCUUGGCAAGGAGGAGGAGGAGGGGAGCCAUGACGAAAACGUGAGCACUUGCGACCCCAUCCCAAAUCAUUCCGAAACCAUCAGCCACACUGUGAAUGUGCCCCUGCAGACGGCCCUGGGAACGCUGGAGGAAAUCGCCUGCUGACACCUCUCCGCCAGCUCUGGAGUGCCAAGACCAACUGAAAGGAGAACUGCAUAGGAAAGUAGGGACCAAGCUCAUGUUUGCACCGGGGGAAAAGGAAGAAAAUCGCUAUGCAUUUAAAAAAAUAUAAUAUAUAUCUAUAUAUAACUGUAUAUAUAUUAUACAUCUCUGCCAAAACCAAGCAAGCGGCGCCUUAGACUUGACUAGCGUCGUCCUUUCCUGUGGGGGGGCUCGUCUUUAGGAUCUGAAGAUACUCUUUUUUUGAACUGUACAGACCAACACAGACACUAACAAAACCACCAUUUCAUAUACUGCUGACUGUAUAAAGCACUUGCAUGCCGAUAUUUUUUAUGGCAAUAUAUUCCUAGCUGUCUUUCUAAGCUCUGUUCCUCUGUACAGGCUCUGAUUUCACUACCAAGAAGGAAUUUUGUGGGCCCAUCCAUCCCUGAAAGUGCCAUUAAUUAGGCUGUUUUAGAAUAAAGAAACAAACAAACGUGCAACUCUUGGACUCGCCUUACCUCCUUGUUCUUCGUGUCAGUUUGCUAGCCGGGUCCCACAGAGGCUAAGCCUGGUGGAGCUACCAUCACCUAGAGGGGAGCGGUCCAGGCACCGCACCUGCAGUCUGACUCGCUGACCUGGAUGGCUCUCGGAUGCCCAUGCCCGUGGCUACUGUGUUGUGCUCCUCGGUCUGUAACGCAGCUUGUACAGUCUGGUUUGGGGGCAUGUGGGCUGGAGCGGGCAUGGGGUUUAUUUUUCAUUCCUUUCCAUUGUACUUUUUCCUCAUUCUUCUGACUGAUAUUAAAGCUGGUCUUGUGGAAAUGGC